GACAUGUGUCAAACUAUCGAAUACUUAACACACAUAUUCAUUGUGUAGCUUGCACAAUCAUUAUGAGUACUCUUUAGGGCUUAGUUGUUGACCAGGAUGCAGUUUUAAAGAAAUAUAUUGGUCUACACCAGCUCUUUCAAACAGAGCUAUUUUUGGUGGCCGAGGCUAUCCGUUUCAUAUGCACACAUUUGAGAAAAAAACCCCGCUUUGCUUAAAUUAACUUAUUGUUCUUAUAAAUUAAUGAUACAAUAUUCAUCUUUGGAAAAACACUGAUCCUGUCAAUGAUUAAAUCGCUCCAUGUACAGCACUUUGUAUGCAGCGAUGGCUGUUUGAAAGUGCUGUAUAAAUACUGUUGACUUGACUUGACUUGAUUCUCACAAUAAAACUCAACAAUCAUUUAACAAGGUCAGAAACGGGGAAAUGUCACUAUAUUUCUAUAAAUCUCGUUCAGUGUUCUCUUCCUCAACUUUCCGAGAACAUCACAAUGUCUCAUCAUCGGUUAGCUAAUUUUAGAUCAGACUUGCAGGCUACUCAUGUGGUGCUCGGGGGGUGACCUGGAGACCAUUGCUCUUUACAAAGUGCUUAGGACCAAAAUUUGUGGCAAGUUAUGUCGCAAAAACAAUUCACUAGAAUAAUAAUGAAAGAUAACUCUUUUAUUGUGGGUAAAAUACAGCUCUCAUCUCCUAUGUAGAUCCUGCUCUGUUUGUUCUAAAGAUGAUGUGACGUUAUUUUAAACAGCGUUUAGUGUCACCAAGGUUUCAGCCAAUUUUAAUAAUACCAGCAGUUACUUUUAAAUUCCUAGCAAAUCAGUCAGUGCUGUAAAUAAAGAUAAUGCGAUACGAUAAAUGCAAGCACAGAAAUGCAGUAAUCACCAAAAGCAAAAGGGUUAACUAAUUAUUUUCCUGCCAUUAUCUAACCAUUUUAAUUUGUGGUCAUGGUGUUUCAUCAGCUCUGUGUUUAGUCAUAAUUACCAUCGUCUGCACACUCAGUAAUAUUGUGCGUGUGUGUGCGUGUGUGUGUGCGUGUGUGUGUGUGUGGAGGAGCAGACCACAAUAAUGUGAUGCAUGUGGUUGCUAGGUUACAUUGUACUCAAUGUGAGGGGUGGAAUGCAGCUUCUUUUUGAGUUUGCUGUGGAGUUGGUGUGAUCAUAAUGUAGAUGUAGCUCAUGAAAUAGUGGCCGUUCCCAAUUACUAACAAGGAAAUGUGCAACCAUGGCAACAUAAGUUGGCUGUUAAUGUUGCAAAUAAGUGUUUUUCUGGCUAUGAGUUGUGAAUUAAUGUAAACUAUUCCCCUUUCAGUGAAAAAUAUGUUUUAUAUACAGUAAUGGUAAAUGUCAUACAAAAUAUGUGGCAUUUUGAAAAUCUGCUCUUAACCAGAAGAGAAUGAAAGAGGCGUUAGGAAAGUCUUUUUCUGGAUGUUUAUUUUCGGUCUGUGUCUUUGUGGAUAUUUUUGCCUGCUAGUGUCAAGUAACAUAGUAUACUCUCAUCCACAAAGGCACACGUUAGGGCAGGUGGGGGGUUGGGGGUUGUGUGCGAAGGCCUAUUCAAUCAUCUUGAUAACCGCUAGAACUUAUUCGAGCCAGUAUCUAUCAUUUGUGGGAGAAUGAAUCAUUUUCACCACAAUGCUUCCAUCAAUCUGUUUGCAUUUGUGAUGGAAGGCUGGUUUACAUUUGGCUGUAGUAUAAACAUACGUAGCCUGUCUUCAAAAGACUCAAUGAAACAAGGGAGUGGUAAGGAGUACAUUUUGGAAUGUCUUAUCUGACGGUAAGGUGAGUACGUGUGUUGUGAAAAUUUUUGUCGUUGGACAAUAAUCAAGCGUGGACGUCAAGGUGGCCCCUUCCCAGUCCCUCCUAGCAUUUCAUAGUUCAUGAUCUGCCUACAGCUGUUCUUUCAUUUCAGAUGUAUUGACAAGUUAGAAGCAGGAGAACGUCUAUCACAUCGAUCAGCCACUCAAUGAGAAGAGUAGUAGCAGAGAGAGAGGGAGAGGGAGAGUCCAUUUGGGUGGUACAAUCACUGCCCUCACAGGAAAGAUAUAAAGAGGGUUCUGCUCACUCCAAUGACAGUCUGUCAGAAUCAAGCUCACCAGCCCCAGGUGUGCCUACUCAGGUGGUCCAGCCAGUGCAGACCACCACUCAGCAGAGGUCAGUGUUGCAGACGGUGCUGCAGGCCGGCAAGAGGAUUCAGUCAGGACACAUCAACAACCUGCAAUCGGCACACAUCAACCAAGAGGUGGAGCAGGUGUACUCCAGCCAGGUGCAGUACGUGGAAAGUGGAGGCGCCGACAAUGCUUUGAACACAUCAGCUAUCCGGCCGAGCAGCUACUCUUUCUCCGACUCACCCCUCUACUCUCAAACCCCUCCCGCCUCCUCCUCCUCCAACUUCUACGAGGCCACAUCUAGCUCGGAGUCCGACAUCAGCGGCUCCGUCACCUCGCAGCCUCUCUCCUCGUCUGUGGGAACAGCAGCUGCAACGAGCGGGGGCACCUCCGCGAGUGGGGCCGGUUAUGUCAUUCAGGGGGCUUAUUUGUUAGGAGGGGGGGCGGGAACAACAGGAGGAGGAGGAGGUCAGAGCUACUCCAGCCCAAAUUCGCGUGCCCCUCCGGCCACUGUGCAGUGGCUAUGUGACAACUACGAAGGUGCAGAGGGGGUGAGUUUGCCUCGCUGCACCCUGUAUUACCACUACCUGCUACACUGCCAGGAGCAAAAGCUGGAACCCGUCAAUGCCGCCUCCUUUGGCAAACUCAUCAGGUCUGUCUUCAUGGGCCUUCGCACUCGAAGGCUUGGGACCCGGGGGAACUCAAAGUACCACUACUAUGGACUCAGGAUCAAAUCUGGCUCCCCUCUGCUUAGACUGAUGGAUGAACAGCAGCACAUGGCAAUGCGGCAGCAGCCAUUUUCACAGAAAAGCAGGAUAAAGGCAGUUCAGAAAACAGAGGGGAUCACCAAUGGGACAUCAGGGGGGGCAUCACAGCAGCAGGCAGGAGUGGUUUGUGAUAUUUCGGCGCAGGUGCAGCACUAUCAGCAGUUCCUGGAAGCAUCACGUCCGUUGCCUGAGUUUGUUGACAUGAAUGUGCAAGCGCGCAACCUGCCUGAUGGGAUCCUGCCUGAACACCUCAAGGCCUUUCAGACACUCUACAGGGAACACUGUGAGGCCGUUCUGGAUGUGAUGGUGAACCUCCAGUUCACUCUUGUGGAGACACUUUGGAAGUCCUUCUGGAGGUUCAGCCAAGGCAGUGACCCCGAAACACUCAACCUCCACCACGAGUCGGAGAAACGUCUGCCAAAAUCGUGCCUUGUGCUGCUGUGUAAGUUUGAGCCCGUACUACACUGGACGAGAGCGUGUGACAACCUGCUCUAUCAGACGCUGGUGGAAAUCCUCAUCCCCGAUGUGCUCCGACCCAUCCCCAGUGCCUUAACUCAGGCCAUCCGUAAUUUUGCGAAGAGUCUGGAGAGCUGGCUGUCCGGCGCCAUGAUGAACAUCCCAGAAGAGAUGGUCCGCAUUAAGGUGGUGUGCGUGGGCUCUUUCUCCCAAACGCUGCGUCGCUAUACCAGCUUGAACCACCUGGCACAGGCAGCCCGCGCCGUCCUCCAGAAUUCUGCUCAGAUCAACCAGAUGCUCUCUGACCUCAACCGUGUGGAUUUCACCAACGUUCAGGAACAAGCAUCAUGGGUGUGUCAGUGUGAGGACCGCAUCGUCCAGCGGCUUGAGCAAGACUUUAAAAUGACCCUGCAGCAGCAGAACUCCUUGGAGCAGUGGGCCUCCUGGCUGGAUGGCGUGGUCUCUCAAGUGCUCAAACCUUACGAGGCCAACCCCGUUGCUCUGCCCAAGGCCGCCAAGGUCUUUCUGCUCAACUGGUCCUUCUACAGUUCGAUGGUCAUUCGAGACCUGACCCUGCGCAGCGCAGCCAGCUUCGGAUCCUUUCACCUCAUCCGCUUGCUGUACGACGAGUACAUGUACUACCUGAUCGAGCACAGAGUGGCUCAGGCCAAAGGAGAGACUCCAGUUGCCGUCAUGGGAGAAUUUGCCAGCACAGUCAAGAGCCGAUCCACUCCGGACCUAGAAAAAGAUGAUGAAGAUGAGGACGAAGAUGAGGAGAGCGAGGAGGAGAGCGCAGAUCUGGUCUUGCAGUCCAGCUCUCUGAGCAUGUUGGAAGACAAGGAGCUGUUGGAGCCGCCCGCCAAGCAGCCCAGGACCGAUUUAAGCCUGCACACUCUGACAGAGACACACAACACACCGUCUUAGAGGAAAACACACACACGCACACACACACACAUGCCCACACUUUGCUUUGACGCCAUCAAUUCAUCCCAUCCCUGACCCACUGUCGUGUGCACUGCUCUGAAAAGCUCAGAUACUUUGGUGUUGAGUGUGUUUGUCCAGUGUGAGCAUUUAUAAGAAAACGGGAGUGCCAAUUAUGCCAAUGAUGUAGUCGUUGCUCUCUGUGUUGGCAUUUUGUUUCUAUUUUGUCAUGUAUUCAUGGAUGAUCCCCGUGCCUUCCCGGAACAGUCAGUGUCCAGCCCUGCACAAACGCCACAUAUUUACCUGAUAGACUACACACUCAAGACAUUUCCACAAGUCUCCCUUGCCCUGCCUUAAGCGCUAACCAGAUGAUGUGGAAAAAUUGUCCUUGUGAUGUCUAAAAUCACUUGCAUUGCCUUUUAAGCAAUGUCUAUGCAGGGUUUUUUUGUUUUUGUUUUUCCGAUCAAGAUGAUUGGAUUGUGUGAGGUCACUAAUGGCAACUGGUUAUGGAUGCCAUAUUUGAUUUACUUUCUGUACGUCCUUUUCCAUUAGGCCAACUGAAACUGAUACGCUGUGCCUUUGAGAGAUCGCUAGCCUAACGGAGCUUGUAUUCUAUAUCUUGUGUAUUGUUGCAUUUAUAUGGGGGUUCCGUAGCCUUGUUUUCAUCACCUUUGGUAGCUAUUAAAAAUUAUGUGAUGGGGCUCCCGACUUUGCCGUUUGUAGUCUCUCCUUUGCCUAUCCUUCCCUAUUCAUGUUCUUCACCAGAUCACAUACCGAGUAUUCACUUGUUCAUGCAAACAAAGACAAACCGUCACCCAUGAUGAAAGGCAACUUGAAUAAGAUUAAUGCAUAAACACAUGCCACCUUAUACCCAUGGUUACCAGUGUAUUAACUUGACGAACCGGUUUAAUCUGUACAGUGUUUUGUAGUGUUAAAAGUUUAUUUUUCAUCCUCUUGUGUCAUAUAUUCAAAUUGUAUAGUGUUUGACCAUAAAAUGCCUUAGGAUACAUGUGGUAUGCCUACAAAGUACAAAGCCAAUUUUCAUGUAAUAAUAGACCAGGCCUGGAGAUGUGCAGAACUUUAAAACUAACCCUUUACAAAGAGCACAUUGUACAAGCUAGCUCAAUCAGGAUUGGUUAUUUUAUCAGGAUUUCAUGAUCAAUUACUUUCAGAGAUCGCUUUGUAAAACAUUUGGCGCGUUUGUUGUGCAGGCAGAAAGCCACAGCAAAAAAAAGAA